AUGGCAGAAGCCAUCGCGUUUCAACGAGAGGUCGGUCGUGCCACCGAUCGCCGUGGCGGUCGCACUUCCACCAACAUGCCCUUACCUGGCCGUGGCUCUGGUGGUAUGUCCAGCCCAAUGUCUGGUGCUUAUGGUUCUGGUGACCGCACCGCUGCUGCAACUCCUCGAGGCCUUUCUCGUCAACCUGUGCCGCAGAAGCUCGCGACACCUGAGCAGCUCUUCGGUCUCCCGAAUCGCCCUCCCACUUCAGUCCCUAGCAACGCACCCGCGCCUGUCACUCAGCAGCCUGCUCCCCAACCCGUGGCCAGUUUCGAACCUGUGCAGGUCGAUGUCCACAAAGUCGCCGCCCAAGCUCCUGGCCCUGGGCUCGUCGGCUCCCGAUGGGCCACUUCAGGCACUCCGAACACUGUCUCUGACAACAAACCCGCGGGUGGCUUUGAUGCCAUGGACGUCGACCCAGAGUCUUUUCCCGCAGACUUCGCCAAAGACGCUGGCAAUGCUGGCGUUACCAUGAACCAGGGAAAGAGCUUUCAUUCAUCGUUCUCCAACGCUGCUCUUGACACCCCUGAGGUACCGAAACCUAGCAAGGGCCUGAUGAGUUCCAAAUGGGCGUCGUUUGCGUCUCCUUCGUCGCCUUCUCCCUCGACCCAUAAGUUUCCAGACCCGGCUACUCUUGAGCCGGUGUAUGUCAGUAAAGACUGGCUGUCGGAUCUCUCUGCGGAGUACGAGGCGCUGGCCGUCAAGAACAAGCAUGCUGGUGAGACUCAGCCCAGUCGAAUCAGUCCAGCUAUCCAGCCCACUGGUACGCAGACUGCAGCUCACACUGCGAAGCCUCCGGCCAGUGGGGCGACUCAGCACUCCGGGCAGACUACUAUCAACUUGUCAGCCGCUUCUCAGGCAGACACUGCUGUGCAGUCAGCUGCCCGUCCUGUCGCCCCGGAUGCCAGCACUCAGGGCCAGACCUUCGACAGGCGUUCUGGACCUUCACCAACCAGACCCGCUGAAGGUUCUUCUGGCUUCCGCGAGCAGCCUGUUCAACAGAACAACACCAAUGCUAACCCCUCUGCUGAGCCCAGUCACACCCCAGCCUCUGCGCACGCUGCCAACGACCAGUCGCCUGCACCAACGACGAACACUGCGCCUGGUGGUAUCUUCAACGAUUCCGCCUUCAAGGAUUGGUAUAACAGCCAGUUCAUGCGCCGCAAGGCGUAG